AUGCAAAGCCGUCAAACACGGCAAACCACGCAAACAAAUGAAAUCCGGAAUGUCAACACCAACGCGACCUCGCUGGUCCUCCGCAGCUUCCUCUCCCACUUUCUUCGCUCACUGCAGCCCUUGCACCAGGGCCUGCUUUGCCGCGCACCUGCGGCCGUCCUCAGGCUCGAUCUCAAUCUCACCCUCGCUACCGCCGUUCCUAUCCUCGAUCCUGCUUCCUGGCGCACCGCGCGCGCGCUUCCUGCCCGCUCACCCGCUGCAGCAGCGGCAUCCCGGCCAUGCCUGCGCCGGCGCGCCUCCCCAAGUCGUCUGCCUCUCCCCCGAAUCACCGGGCUUCGUUUCCUCGCUCCCUAUUUCCCGAUUGGGUUGGAAUGCACUUGCGCGUUCGUCCUGCGUGUCAAGCCACGCUCAGUGCCCUGGUUGGUUGGCUUCGGCCUCGGCCUGUUCCUGCUCUGCGUCGCCAGUUGCUUGCGGAUCGACAGCCUGGAACUGGUCCAGGAUGCCUAUAUCGAUUAUAAACUGCGCGACAGCGACUGCCGCGCCUUUCUCACUCAUGAUUUUGUCGAAUCCGGCGGCGCGCUUGACACCCCGAAUCCUUUCGAACAUGCGGUCCCUAUCCUCAGUGAACUGCGGGCAGUCCAUGACGAUAUGACGCACGGUCUGUCCCCCGAGGUCACAUGGACACAAAGGUGA